CAAGGAUAUACAAGUAAAGUAGUUGUGCUUUCAUCUUAUCAGUGACGAUGACGAUAAUUAGGAGACGAUCUCCAAUGUUCUUUACUGGUUCUAGUGUCUUUGCAGUAUUCACUAUAUGCCUCAUUGCUGGUACAGAGAUGGCAGCAGCAUGGAAAAGGGAUAUGUGCGUUGAUGGGGAUGUAUACCUCGACUCACAGAAUGGACGUAAAGAGAAAAUGGAUUGCAAAUUUUGUGAGAAGUGGUGUAUGGACGAAUGUUCCGACAUGGAUCUUCCAGCUGUCUCAUAUGGGUGUCGUGAUGGUGGUGACAUGAGAUGUAAGUGUUGCUGUGGAAAAUCAUCACCACUCUCCGACCCUCCUACACCGCCAACCCUUCUUCCACUAUCCCUAAACGAUUUUGAAGGCGCAUGGCCACAUGAUUAUGAUAUAUGCAAACCACAAGAACAAGAAAAAUAUCUAAAGAUUAAACACCCACAUGGAAGGCAUUGCCUUAAGAGACCUGAAUGCGAGGAACGUUGCCAGAAAGAGGGGCUUUGGAUGACAAGGGCAGAGUGCGGAGCAGGUGGUCGCGCUUAUCCUGACCCUAGUUAUGAAUGGUAUGAGCAGUGUUGUUGUGGGAAGUCCAAACCACCGCCUCCGCCGCUGCCGCUGCCGCCUCCGCCUCCACCUCCUCCACCACCACCACCUACACCUACACCUACACCUACACCUACACCUACACCUACACCUACACCUAUACAUUCACCACCACCGCCUCCACCAUCGCCUUCGCCUCUGCCCCCGUCUCCACCUCCUCCACCUCUUCAAUCGUGCACAGAUAUGUCUUUUUCAGAUCUCUGCGAAUGUUGUCUUGCAACACAACCUAAACCUUCACCUCAAUCUCCAUCUCCAACACAACCCAUACCUACACCUCCACCUUCAUCUCAAACUCCACCUCCAACACCACCCGUACCUACACCUCCGCCUUCAUCUCAAACCCCAACACCACCCGUACCUACAUCUCCACCUUCAUCUCCAUCUCCAUAUCUACCCUCAUCUCCGUCCCCAACACCACCCGUCCCUACAUCUCCAUCUUCAUCUCCAUCUCCAUCUUUACCUUCAUCUCCACCCCAAUCUUUACCUUCACCUUCAUCUCCGUCUCCAUCUCCACCUCCAUCUCCAUCCCUACCUUUACCAUCAUCACCCCCACCAACUCCAAAGAAUAUGUGCGACCCCGUGGACAUAUAUCUAACUUUUAAACCAUGUGGUUGUGAUACGUGUACAAGCGAGUGCAUGAAAAAAUGUUCUGGAAUGGCAGGUUUUGUGGCAAUGCAGCGGUGCACAGUAGAAAAUUCUUCGCAGGUGUGUGAAUGUUGUUGCAAAAACAACAUUCCAUCAGGUUGUUUUGCGUCAAGUUGAUCUGUUUCAGGAAAACUUCGUUUUGUGAACUUUUUCGUUAAGAGUCUGUUGGUCGCCGGUGUGGCAUAGUCGCAUAGAGUUCCAUUUUAAAGUUCUUUUAGUAUUUGGAAUAACCUCAAAUUUGUUAAAAAUGGCCAAUUUGAGUCCGUUUUGGGUUUUUUCAUCCUUUCUUGUUAUACAAGUUAGGGUUUUUCCCAAAUUUAUUUGUGUCAGUCCAACUUAUGAUUCAAGUUUAUUUAUAAAUUAACUAGGUAUCUCUCCGGUCUACGGACCGGGACUCAACCUCUUUGAUUAUUUGGUGAUGUACGAGUUUACGCCAAUAUAUAA